UCUCGUAAAUCUAAGGACGCAUAUAUUAACGACUUUUAACUCUUUAUAUUGCCGUACGCAGGACAAAUCGAAAGCUCGGAGACCAAAAGUUUUUUAUUCGACGAAAGAACGUAUUCUUAGAGUUGCAAUGAUGAUCUAUAGUUUUCAACAAUUUGUCAUUAUCUUUACAAUAUACGUAGCUGUAAUUGGUGGAAAAUCUAACAGAGAUCUUGAGAGCAUUUUUCUGCGUAAUUACGUUGGAACUACUAUGAAUGAAUACGUCGAUUAUUCUCUAAAGAAUACCGAUUCACUUCUAUCUCAUCGAGUAUUCAAAUACAGCAAUAAGCCAACAGUACUGUAUAUUCAUGGCUUUACGGAACAUUUAGAAAAAGAGAGCGUACAAACAGUAUUGCAAGCUUACUUAAAACGAAAUGACCACAACAUCAUCGGAGUGGAUUAUGGUAAACUGGUGAGCGAGUCGUACAUGAAAGCUGUGAUAAACGCUCCUCGUGUUGCAACCGUUCUCGCGAAGACUCUUAAUAAGAUGGUAGAUUCGGGCUUUGAUUCGGAAAAGUUACACAUCGUAGCACAUUCUUUGGGCAGCCAAGUCGCUGGCUAUAUCGGCAGAAACGUCAGUUUUCAGAUUCCUCGGAUUACAGGAUUGGAUCCUGCCGGUCCUUUUUUCAAUUUUCUUCAGCCUUGUCUCACAUCCUCCGAUGCUCGUUUCGUAGAUAUCAUACACACAGAUAGUAGAUUUUACGGUAUUACUAAGAGCAUAGGCACAGUGGACUUUUUCCCAAACGGAGGUCGCCGUAUACAGCCGGGCUGUCCGUUAAAUGUUACGUUCAACACUAAAGAAGAUUUUUGCAGUCAUCAUCGUUCCUGGAGAUUUUAUGCCGAGUCUCUGAUCGAUGAAUCGGCCUUCAUGGGCGUGGAAUGUCCAUCGUUAUUUCAUUUUUCUUCUGGCGAAUGUAUUAAUAACACACGAGUCAUCAUGGGAUACGGCACUCCGAGUAAUGCACAAAGAAAUGUUUAUUUAGUGACGACUAGUCAGAGUCCUUUUGGUUUGCACGAGAAAGGAAUUCAUCCGUAAUAGUUGAGUUGACUAUACAAUUAAAUUGCAAUAUUGAAAGGAAUAUGCCGCACAAGAUCUAGAAUAGUGAACAAGUAAACCCUCAUACUAAUAAAA